UCAGGCCGAACAGACUGCCUGAUUCCCACAUAUAGCAUCAUCGGACCAGGGCCGGGGAUGCAACGUGGGAGCCGCCAAGGCUCGACGGGAACUUCUGCUUUCUGACCUUUUCUGGGCGCGUCGUUUCUCCUCUUGUCGAACAAACACUUGCGCUCUAACACCGGCGACCCCUCUUUUUAAAACUCCUAGACCAUCUUGAGGAGAUUGGCUGUUCUACUCCACCAGCAGAUUGUUAUUCUCCGUCAAUUGCGUGGUUGCUUGCACGGCCGUGGACCACUCGAGAUCCUCCUCGAGCGCAUGCACCCGACCUAACUAAAGACCAACCAACCAGCUGCCUUGCGAACAGAGAGAUCAACCCCUGAGGUGACCGCGCUGCGACCCGCGCCUCGACAUCAGUGUCCGUCAGUGGUCUAGCGACCAUCUCCCAACAUGUCUCAGAGAUGGCCGGCCGAUCCGGCGUAUGACGAUCCGUAUGCUCGCAACCGCGCGCCGCCGAUGGAGCCUGCUAGCAAUGCGUCCUACACCCACAGUCGCACGCGGACGACCUCCUCUAAUACGUUUCCGGCGGGUAUGCAAGGGCCUCCUUUCCAGCCAAACCCUUAUCAGCCACCAAUGCAUCUCGCCCAACCCCCGGUCAACCACCAGAGACGGUCAGCCAGCGUCAACACGUUCAGUACCGUUUCGAGCGGCGGGAUGGUUCCGCCGGCAGCGUACAGGACAUCGCCGACAUUAGAAGUCAGAAGAUCUACCUCGAGCCGCUCGGGGGGAGCGACUGGCUCGCCACAGCCCAGCUAUGUCGCGCUUCUCCGGAAGCAGAAAGCGACGGUAUGGUGCGAUCGCGCGCAGCAUGAAGACCCCAGGCUACAAGCACAACAGAGGGCCGCAAAGAUGCGAGCAUACCGCGAGAUCGCGGGAGCGAGCAGCGGCCUGGGGCUGGGCCUCGUCGGCACGGGACGCACUGCGACCGGCCUGAGCUCCGCAGGAGGGAAGGUGGCGGCCAAGAUCCGCCAUCACGGCAAACCCACCGUGAUCGGUUACUCGCCAAACAGCGACUUCAACGGGGUGGGCGGCGUCCCUCUUCGCCUGAGUGCUACGGAGGUAGAGGGCGAGGAGAGCGAUGAGGACGACGCCGCCAUUCAAAGGCAGAAUCACCGGAGGACCGGCAGUUCCGGGCGCAACAGCACGUCGAGCGCCAGGCGAGCCAUGCCGUACCGCUCGUCUGGAGGCCUCGGCCCCGCAGGUGGAGCCACAAAAUGGAGCCCCGGCGGCACCCCAGAUCGGACCGGUUCCCUGGUAGGGAUCAAGUCGAGCGACCAGUCGCCCCCGGCAGACGACGCGGCCAGCGGGACGGCCAAGAGUUUCGGCAGUGGUAGCAGCAACGAACGGCUCGACAAUGUCCCAGAACUCAACGGCGCCUCCUCUCAUCUGGCCAACAACAGCAAGAGGAACGCCACCGUGGCGCGCGAGAAGAGCGUCAAGAGCGUCGAAGAGCUGAAGCGACGGGGUAGCGUGGAUGAGCGGACCAUGACCUUGACCGCGGGCCGGCUGUACAUUGCCAACCCCGACUAAUAAUUACACGUCGAUGGAUAUGGGGCGAGCGAGAGGGACAGGAUCCUUCCGGCUCGGGCAUUGACGGUCUGGUUUUUCUUGCUUGUUACAUCGGCCAUUUGUUUUUUUUUUUUUUUUCCUUCCGUCAUUUUAGUCCAUGCAUAUUUCUUCCGGCGCUGGAGGAUGUGGCUAGGUAACUACAAUCGUUCGAACUCUGUCAUUGAAACAUUAUGCGUCUUUUCCUAUCUCACGGCCGCUUGUUACUUUUGCAUGCCGUUUUUCUGUCUAAUAAUACCCAGAGGAGGAGGAGGAGGAGGAGGAGGAUGAGAAGUGGGAUGGGGAUGGAGUAAGGUCACGUAUUUAGGGCGUGUUUACAAAGCCGCUGAAAACGCUGGACGCUUCCAGAACAGGGGAGGUUCAUUUGGAGUCGAGAUACCAGCAAUACCAAUUGAAGGAAUGCAGUUACCCGGACCAUCAAGCGGAUACAUAUGCCUUGGCAAAAUCUCCUCUUCCCGUGAUGUCAACACUCGCACAGGAAUGUCUUGACCCCCCC